CUAUCCUUACGGAAUCCUGCCUGUUGGUCACGAAGUUGGGCGUCUACGCGGUCCUUCAUCCUGUUUAACAAUACCCUGUUGAAGACUUUUCCCGGUAUUGAGAGAAGAGUGAUGCCCCUGUAGUUAUCACACUUGCUGAGAUCGCCUUUCUUCGGUAUUUUGAUCAGAAGUCCUUCUUUCCAGUCUGUUGGUACUUGUUCCUCAUCCUAAAUCUUAUUGAAGAGAAUGUGGAGUAUCCUUGCAGUUGCCGCUACGUCUGCUUUUAGUGCCUCUGCUGGAAUGUUGUCCGGUCCUGCUGCUUUGCCACUCUUGAUUUGUCUGGUGGCCAUGCUGAUUUCUUCAAUUGUUGGUGGGCCAACAUUGAUUGGGAGGUCCGUGGGUGCUGCUUCGAUAUUGGGUGGGUUCAGUGGAGCUGGUCGAUUCAAGAGUUCUUUGAAGUGUUCUACCCACCUGUUUUGUUGCUCUUCAAUGUUGGUGAUUACCUUGCCUUCUUUGCUUUUCACUGGUCGUUCUGGUUUGCGGCGAUUUCCAGAGAGUUUCUUUGUCGUGUCAUACAAUUGUCUCAUGUUUCCUUCUCUUGCAGCCUUUUCCGCCGUCGUUGCUAAAUCUUCCACGUAUUUACGUUUGUCGGUUCUGAUGCUCCUCUUCACCUGUUUGUUUACUUCUGUGUAUUCAGCUUGUGCCUUGGCUUUUUCUGCUCUUGUUCGACUGGUAUUGAUUGCUGCCUUCUUGUUCCUCCUUUCUUGAAUCUUAUCCAGUGUAUCAACAGUGAUCCAUUCCUUGUGAUGGUGCUUCUUGUGACCCAGGACCUCAUGACAUGUUGAAGUGAUUGUCUCUUUGAUCCCCUUCCAGUUGCUCUCCACAUUAGUUCCUUCUCCAUUGAGUAGAUCAUAAAAGGCCUGGAACUUGUUGCUGAAGACUAUCUUGAAUUUGUUGAGUUUGUUAGUAUCCUGAAGAAAGGCCGUAUCGAACUUUUGUGAUAUUGUCCGCCCCGUUGUCCAGUGCUUCUUGAGUUUCAAUUUCAUCUUGGCGACCAGCAAGUGAUGAUCUGAUGCUAUAUCAGCUCCUCUCUUGGCUCUCACGUCCUCUAUAGUCCUCCUGAACGUUUUGUUGAUGCAAAUAUGGUCGAUUUGGUUUUGCGUGGUGUGAUCCGGUGAAGUGCAUGUGGUUUUGUGUAUGCGUUUAUGUGGGAAUAUGGUGCCGCCUAUGACCAGCUUAUUGAGGGCACAUAGAUUUGCAAAUCUCUCACCGUUUACGUUUCUUUCUCCCAGUCCGUGUCGUCCCAUGAUGUCUUCAUAUCCAGUGUUGUCCGUUCCAACCUUGGCAUUGAAAUCUCCCAUCAGAAUGGUCAGGUCCUUUGUUGGGCACUUCUCGACGAUUGACUGCAGCCUAUUGUAGAAUUGAUCUUUAGCAUCCUCAUUGUAGUCGUUGGUAGGCGCAUAGCGUUGGAUGAUGUUCAUUGAAAUACCCUCUUUUUUUGUUUUGAAGGAGGCUUUGAUGAUCCUUGGUCCAUGAGAUUCCCAUCCUAUAAGCGCAUUUUGUGCUUGUUUAGACAGCAUCAAUGCAACUCCUUGUGUAUGUAGUGCAUUUUCUUCUUCAUGGCCGGAGUAUAACAGGAGCUCUCCUGAAGUUAGUGGUUGUUGUCCAACUUGCAUCCAAUGUGUUUCACUGAUCCCAAGUACCUCUAGGUUGUAUCUUCUCAUUUCUGCAGCAAUUUGGAAGGCUCUUCCGGUGUCCCACAUUGUACGAACAUUCCAUGUACCUAAAUAAAUGGUUGCUCUGGUUGUCAGACGGGGCAUCGGCCACGUGGCUUCCGAAGGAACUCGACUUUCAUUAUGAGGCGUCAUAGUUCUCCUAAAAGAAGACCUUCUGGCUCCCAGGGCAGAGUUUAGAAGGUUUGAAUAAUUUUUUCUGGUUAGCGUUUUUUAGCGAGUUAUAUUUCUACGGGAUGGGGACGCUAACUCCAUGCCCAACCCUCCUCCUUUAUCCGGGCUUGGCACCGGCAGUAGCCCCCGGAGGGACUCCAGGCGGAGUCCCUUUAAUUAUUUAAAUUUAGAAGUUAAGACUAGUGUUCACUUUUGAAAAUUGUCCGUUAAAUUAUGUUUAACUCCAAAGAUUACUCUCCGUAAUUAUAAAACUGAAAACGUAUUGGUAAUAGCAGUGUUAGACUUGUAAGUUAUUAUUUCGUUCACACAAAUGUGAACGUGUCACUGAAUUUUACCGUAUGAAUGGUGCUGUUUUUGGUUACAUUUUUCCCUGCACGUGUAUAGGACUCGAUAAGUUUUAGUUUUGUAAUUUUCAAUUAGUUUUCGUAAUUACACGGGUUAAAGCUGUCUGCAACAUAAAAUGUCGGAAAGUAGUUAGAAGAAAAGACUAAAUUUCAUUGUCAAUCUACCCAUCAUAAAAAGUUUAGAAAGUGAUUUAUUAAUGGGUAUGUUGUUCUGUGAUUAUUUUACUAUAAUUUUCCCCUUUAGUCUGUUCUAAUCGUAAUUCGGAGCCAAGAUUCUGCUGUGAGGUAUGUCGAAAGAAAUUUAGGACUGAUAUUCAGUACACCCGUCACAUCUAUUACACUCAUUCACAACGUACAUUUCUGUGUAAAGAAAAAAGUGAGUUUGCGUCAAUACGUUUUAGUGUGUUUCUUAUUGUUUGUCUCACAAAGGCUAUAUAACAACGUCUGUUUUGCACGCAAAUAAUUAGUUGAGUAAUCAGCAAAUGAAGUGAACUAUACUGUUUUCAAAGUGUAUAUUGUUUUGAAUGUUCAUAGUGGUAUUCAUCUGUAGUUUUAUGAGUCUAUGAAAUAGUUGGAUAACUUGCAACUCAAAUAUUGUGAAGUAAGGCAUUCUAUCCGAUCAUUAUAGGCAUAUGUUUUGUCCUCAGGGAUUAAGUAUUUGACAGACAUUGGACUGUUUAGUGAAUUCGCGUAUAUGGUAAGUGGUUUUUAAAAUGUAUAAACAAGAUUUCGAAUGUGUUCAAAAUGGACUCCGCAUACUUUAGAUGCUUCACGACUUGUAUUGACUUAUUUUUAUUUCAUUAACAGCAAAUGAAGUCGCAGAAUGAGUUCAUCAAUUUUUUUUAAAUAUUUGUAUCCAGCUUAAUGGAUGAACGCUCAAUAAAAUUCCAACGCAGAAAUAAAGGACUACUUUAUCUUAUACCUAUCCACCUUGUUUUUAUACCGAAUAUCUGUUUGUGGUACUUAACAGUGGUAAUGCAUGACUGUUAACAAUGAAGGAUAUUAAAUUCUUCGCUCUUAAUUUCUUAAACAAUAUUUCAAGAAUGCUUGAGAUUCAUUUCUCUCCUAAAUCCAAUAGAUUACUUCCCUCUUACAUUUUCCAAGGACAUUUUUAUACUGUAUCUAUACGCUUGAGUUGUGUUCUUGUUCGUUCAUGUUUCCGGGCUUCUUAUAGUAUAUACAUUAACCUCGUCUGAUUGUGGUCUCCCUCGAGUUAGCAGGGGUGGAACGCAGUGAAUAGUUUAGCUUGUCCGGUUGUUGUGUCUCUGACUUUCGUCCUGUUCACUGGUCUAGGUGGCAUUGUUGUCACUUUUCAAACACAGCAAAUUUAGUCAUCCUUUAACUUCAGCUGGAGUUAUCUUAAAGCUUAACAAAACUCAAGAUACUUAACUGUAAAUCCUACUUAGUUAGCUAUUUCUAUCGACUCUGUAGAUGACUAUUGUAGGAUAGUCCACCUUGUCUGUAUUGUCAAUCAUGAAUUCAUAAUUAAACUUCAAUGUGUACAUUUUUAAUUAUUAUAGUUUUCAGACUGCCACUUUUAUGUGUUUGAACAACCCUAUCUAUUGUGGCUAGUUGGUACUUCAUGUAUGUUUGGUCAUCUUAUCUAUUUACGAUGUUGCCAUUCAGUAAAUAGAUAGAAAUCUAAAUAUAACGAUUUAGCUUGUUCCUGUGUGUUAAUGUAUGCUUUAUAGUAAAUAACAGUUUUUGUGAUUUGUUUUCCUUAUAAUAAAUGUUGGCUCUAAAAUAUCUACUGAGUACCUUGUUCUCAGCAGUUGUAUUUACUAUUCAUCUCAAUACUUUAGAUUUUUGUUUAAAACUUUGUUCAAUUUCUUAUCUCCACUACCAUUCGACGAGUUGUUUAUUCUCUUUGCUCCAAGAGUUUCAAUCUUUUCAACUAUUGUACACCUGUUGAAUAUUUAGUUGCGUAAACUGCAGCAUCUUAGUGAAAAUAAAGAAAAGGAAUCGCUCUCUUAUUUAUCAGAACUACAGCACGUAUUUACUUGGUUAAUGUCAUCACCUGUAUGUUAAGAAGUGGCGUCGCAUGGAAAAUGUGUGUGACAUCAGUACGAAUGUAAUGUUAGGAACUCAUACUACAACAAACCUUGCACCACUACAUGCAAAAAGCUGAUAAGUACUGACACAGUCUUUAAAAAUGGAACCUACCAGGUGUUAGCAAACCAAGAAAUUUCUUCUUAAAUAAGCUGUAAUUUUUGUGGAACUUUGAAAUUACUCCCUGUUAGUAUCCCUCACUAAAAAAAUAUUCCUCAUGUAGUUUAAAUAGUGCCUAGAUAUAUAUCUAGAAUGUUAUUGAGAAUUAAUAUGUUAUUGAGGUUACGGGUUUUACUUGUGUGUUGCAAAUUUGAGUCGUUCAGUACUACUCUAGUAUCGCAGGUGUGUAGAUUAAAACGAUGUGUUCAAAAACCUCACCUUCCGACCGUCUUGGUACUUUAUAUAAGGAUUUCUUAGACUAGGGAACACCUUAAGUCACUCCUUUAUUUGUACUUAUUGGAGUGGGGCUGAAGAGCUUGGCUUCUAACUAUGAAGUUGCAGGUCCGAACAUCGUUUCAUCUACUUUGUUUUGACCAGCUAGUUAUUAUCACCAGCCAUCAUAGUGUUGCUGAAAGCCGAGUACGUAGACUUGUACACUGUAAAUGAAUUAUUUAUUGUUAAAAGUGUAGGUUUAUAUUCAUAUUGUUUUGCGUACCAUAAAGUUUCAGACUAAAUACAUAUUUAUCUUCAUUUCCUUUUAACUCCAGGUUGUGGUAGAGCAUUCUUAUCAAACUCGCAUCUUAUAGCUCACAUGACAACACAUACGUCUGAUAGACCAUAUUCCUGUCCAGUACAAGGAUGUUCGUAUCAAGCCCGUACAGUCGGUCGACUUGCACAACACAAAAUUAUUCACGGUCAAGGUCGUCGUUUUUCUUGUGAUUAUUGUGAAUACAGCGCUACCACAUCUUCUAAUCUUCGUCGUCAUGCUCGUAUACACGCUGGGGCCAGGCCAUACUUAUGCCCUCAUUGUCCUCACCGUACUAGCGAACUAGAUGCUUUAAAAAAACAUGUUCUAGACUCUGGUAGGCAUCCGGGUCUACCACUUUAUGUGUGUCCGUGGUGUCGAUCGGAGUCCAGCACAGUCUGCGUUGGUUUUAAUGCUUCAAGUCUCGCAUGGCGACAUCUGCUCAGCGAACAUUCAAGUGAGAUUAUGAAACCAGAAACACUGAGUCGAAUCGGUCGAGUAUCUGAAAAAUCGCUUUCAGAGGUAAGAGCAUGUGAAUCUAUUUUUGUGGCAGAAUAUUGAUCCGUCAUGGAAAUGUCUAUUCUUCAUCAAAAUUAUCAUAGCAACCAACCUUACUCGUAUCAACAUAUAUUUUAAGCCUCAGGCAAUGCGAGUGAUUGUCUAUGGGCUUCACACCAUUAUUUUUUAAAAUAAGAAGUGUACAUAUAUCAUUAAUCACUGGACAGUGUAACCUUCAUGGGUUAUAGUAUUUAAAUUAGAAGUCCUUUGAAUACUGUUGUGGUGAAGGAAUACUAAGGUAUGGUAAAUCAUUUUAUUGUUUUACGCGAAAUCAAAUAGUAGCUUUGUAAAAUAAAGAAAUUAUACAGUAAUUACAUCAUUUACAUAUCUCCCUUCAUUUGUCUUUGGCAUAAUUAAUCAUUUUUCCGAUUCUGUUGCCCUUCGUUUUCCUUCCUCUUUUCAUUUCACUCUCCUAUUGGUAAGCAUUCUACUUUCAAUUCCUGCUACACACUAUUUGUCUGUCCGCAUAAAUAGUGUACAUUGUCGAGGUUAAUUCCUCUAUAUCUGAUUCCAAUAAAUAGUAUCUCGUUAACUGAGUGUUUACUCAGACUAAAUCUCCUAGUAGGAUCAUGGAUUUACUCGAGAUUAUACAAAAGCCGGGACACCAGUUGUCGAGAUAGUUUAUCGUUAAUGAAUAGUAAAGAUCCGCAAGUGCGAAGAAAGCAAGCACAUGUAUAUUUAUGAGCGUUAACCGACUGUGAAUAAAUUAUUGAUUGUCUGUGUGUUACAACCAAUGGGAGGAUAGAUUAAAUAUUGAUGUGCAGAUAUGCGCUCAGUCGAACUCAUACAUAAUUUUACAUAGUGGAUUAAAUAUCUAAAUUACAGCGAGUAGACAAAUAAUAAAUUAGUUAGAUUGGUUCACUACAACAUCACACCGUCACUAAUGAUUCAAAUUGUUUGUAGGGCGUUUUAACCAUUCAAUCAAUGGAAUAUGAUAAAGGAUAGACUCAUCUUCCCUUUUUUAACUAUAAGUACGCACUAUUUCCUCCAUUAUUCUCUACGGGCAUAGUCUUUUCCCUAGUGCAAAACGACUUAUCAUAAAAUUAACAACUUUAACCAAUGCUACCCACAACUACUUUUGAAGUAGUCUGUUAGUUUUAACCAUAAAACGUGAUAAUAAUCCUUGUUAACCUGUAAUAGUGUAAACAGUCAUUUUCUUGUUGAAUAUGCUCAACAAAUGCCGUACAAUAAUACAUCAUUAGUUGACAUAGAUAAAUUCUUAUGAAAAGCGUUACGGAAUCAAUAAACAAAAUUGAUUUACAGUGACCCAAACUGUAUAAGAUCUACUAAGAAAGCAAUAGUUGUUGAUUGUAAAUGCUCAUUAGAGUAAUUUUAUCUAGUUACUAAUUCAUAUGAAAAAACUUAAAAUUGAGGUUUUCGGUCAAAAUUUGCAAUUUGGUACACUUGUGUUUACAACAGGAAAUAAUUGUAUUUAUGUGCUCAGUUCACUCCCUACUUUUAAUAUUAUGUUAAUAUUGUAAACUAUGGGGUUUUAACUGUUAGUGUUAGUAAUAUCCAUUUUGAUACUACCUUUCGAGAAGAGUUUGUUGACAAAUGUUAACUACCCGUUUCAAAUGUCAUCCUUGAUUAUCCCAUCGUUUUAUGUUUUCACCAGUUCCUCUAGAAUCAGACUGUUGGUUUUUUAAAUAAUAGAGUGGGGAAAAAAAGCUUAUCAUAUCUUUAUGAUAUUUUAGCGCAACACAUUUCGAGAAGUCUGAUCAUAGAUAAAUUUGUGUAUGUAUAUAUUUAUGUAUGAAAAAUAGAGGUCAACUAAACAAGUAGAGAGAUAGGAGAUGGAGAAAACAGUAUAAACCACAUCAUACCUGGCUAGAUUCAGUAUUAGAACAAAUUGUUUUUUACAAAAUAAGUGGGUUUUAAUUUUUGUAUAACCAAAGGGUUCAAUAAAUAUUGGGAUAUGCCCCUGAGCAACUCUGGAAGUGGCUGAUUUGAUGUUAACUCCGUGACCCAAAUGAACCAAGUGUUUCAUAAUGUAGUACGAUAUUUGUCUAUUCUGUACUCUUAACUCACCACUGGAAUUCAUCUGCUUAUGUAGCCACUUAGGUAUAUUUUAAGCCACCUUUACAUACUCAGCACGAUUGUUUCUCCCUAUUUAUAUGUCCACAUAUUCAGAUUGAUAGACACAUUGGAAUGUGACGUAGUCGUUUCUAGACUCUGUACUUUUAGUUAGACUUAAACUUCUUAGGAAUAAUGAGUUUGGUUGUCUGAAAUAUCCUACUGAUCGCCAAUUUAUGUCUCCUCAACCAUUUACAUCACCUCUGAAUAGUAGGGUGAUAUAAACAUGUUUUCUGUGUGUCGGAAACGUAAAAGGUCUCAUCACAUUCCACAUUGGCUUCGAUUUAUGAACUUAAAUAAAUGUCCACUUUGCAUCUAUGUUUGAGUUAAAAGCUCUUCUUCGGAUACAAUUCGUCCUAUUGGAUAAACAUUCUAAUAUGGCCCUAGUUUGUAGUGUACUGGACAGUAAAUAACAUAUUACCGUGUCCAUGUUGGUUUUUUACAAAUAGAAUGAUAUAAUCAUUGUCCAUCAAUUAGUGUAUAUUUAAGAAGAGAAGCGGAUUAUUCAUUUCCGUCCCACAUAAAAGAUUAAUAUGCUUUUGGUAUACAUUAGAUUUCUUUAAAAAGUGGUUCACAUGUUUACACUUAGGUCUGAUCUCAUCCACUUAACACUUAUAAAGGCAUCUUUUUAAUUGAGUCUGUAAUUGGUUUUUCUAUAUGUGCCAUAAACACACUAGCUAACUAUAGUCUUGAAUGUUAACUUAUAGCUAUGCCAUCAACUUGUCAAAGUACUCGCCCUUAUAAGUGAAUUGCUCGUUGUCUGAAAAUUUACAUCUAAGGGACAAAUUGUCUUAAUUUCAAUGAAUAACAAUUAAGUUAUCAAUCAAUCCAGGUGAAUCAUAAAAUACUUACGCAACCGGUUUCACAUAUUAAUGUCUUGACAAGUUAAUGUAUGAUCAGGGUGUUCGAAACUUACUUCGUCACUAUGUCAUAGAGUGCUAAUAAACUUCGUCUUAUUGCAUUAUCCAAAUUUAACAAAGGGACUAGUUGUGACUUUUAAAUCCUCUGUAACUAUAACUUUCCAAUAAUAUUUUCAUACACACACCUAUUGAUUUGUCUGUUUGGUAACAUUUAAUUUGCAGCGUGAUGUCACUCGUCUUUUGAGUAUAUAUUGUCCGGAAAUCGACUCAACCCAACCACCAGAGAACACUGCUGUUAGGCAGCCAUCUGUUGCUAGCCGCCGUAAAAACCAAAAGGUAGAAACUCUUGGUAGACCCUAUUUUUCUGGAGAAAAUGAAUUAACGAUUAUAGAAACCAAAGAGUCAAAUUCAUCAGGAAAUAUAAAUCCCGUUGAGGAGGAUAAGAUUAGAUCUUCCCCAACCCCUAUAAACUAUCAGAAAAACGACGCUAAUGAUGAUCUAUCUUUUUACAAUCUUAUCCAAAUUGGUUCAGGGGCGAUUUGGUCACGUAAUACGGCACAGUAUACUGUAAAUAAUUUAUGAUAUGGACUUUAAAUGAAUCUCAUGAUUAUUUUAAAAUUUUUCACAAUGAACCAGAGUUUGCGUAUUAUCAAUCGUGCUCGAUACAUUCUAUGUCAGUCAGUCAGCUACAACGUAGGACCAGGCACAUAUGUACAUUGGUCCAAGUUGCCACACCUCAUUAGCACAACAAGAUGAACACCGGAUUCAUAGAAGUAGUUAAUUCAGUGGUGGUAAUAUAUAAAAGAAAUAUUGCAUAUAAUUGCAUAUAGUACAGGAAGAAAGAAUUAGGUCGUAGAAAGAAAGAUAUGAAGCGAUUUUAAUCUCUAGUUUAAGGGAAGACAGAGAGUGUAUACACCGACGCCAUUGUGAUCGAUUCUGAGCCAUGUCAUCUAGAGUCUCCAACCAUUGGUUACGAAAGUCACGCGGACCCCAACCAAGUGAUCUGCCUCUACCAACAUGGUUCAGAUUAGAGGUUAGUGUCUUCAAGCACUGAUGCCACGUUUUUGGCUUAGCUGCCCCUAACUUUCUCCCAACCAUCCCCAACACCAGUUAGCAUUGCACAUCGUGGUAAUCGGUGUUCAGACAUACGUAACACGUGGCCCAACCAUCUCAGUCGAUGAAGAUUCACAACCUCAUCAACUGAUUUACCAUCGUUCCCUAAUACCCUACGUCUAACCUCGCUAUUACUUACUUGGUGAUCCCAGCAGAUGCGAGCAAUAUUUCCAAGGCAUCUGUGGUCAAAUACAAGUAGCUUACGAGUGUCUUCUACUCUUAAAGGCCAUGUGUCGCUGUCGUAAAGUAAAACAGAACGAACUACCGCGCAGUAUACUCGUCCUUUUAUUGAUAGACGGAUAUCUCGCCUUCGCUAUAGGUGACGUAAGUUGGCAAAAGCCAAACGAGCUUUUCGAAUCCGUGCUGAGAUUUCGUCCGAUACCAGCCCAUUAGGGCUGAUCAGACUUCCAAGGUAUGUGAAGUUGUCGACGCGUUCGACUACUUCACUCCCUACCCUUAGUUCAGGUGUUGACGCAGGCCAGUCCUGAAGCAACAACUUGCAUUUAGAGAGAGAGAAGCGCAUUCCAAACAUUCUGGCAUUGUUGCUUAGUGCUGCCAAAAGACUCUGCAUUUUGUCAGCGUCUUCACCAAACAGGACUAUAUCAUCUGCGUAUUCUAAGUCGACAAGUGGACCUCCUGGUAGGAGAUCAAUACCCGAGAAUUCAGUCGAUGAGAAUGUUAUUUCCAUAAGUAGGUCUAUGAUGAAGUUAAACAGAAAUAGAGAAAGUGGACAGCCUUGACGGACACCACUUGAGGUUGCAAAAGUAGAUGACAGUUCGCCAUAAGCUGUGACUCGACUAGUAGUGUUCGAGUAAAGAUCCUUCACAAGGUUUAUUUACUCUUCUCCGUUUCAGAUCAGCUAUAGCUUUCUGAACUUCAGCUAGAUCGGAGGGCCCAUUUCAACGUUUUGAGAAUGGUGGGUAAUUGUAGAGUAGCUGAACUGCUCCUUAAAAUAUUCCGCCCGUCGUUCUAAACGUCUUGACUGGGAGUAGAUAAGAAUGUCUUUUUUCGAGAUCGUCUCACUUACACAUGACUUGUUAAUUCCAGUUUCUUUUAUUAGUCUGAAGAGCUGUCUGGUGUUACCUACAGCCUCUGCCUUUUCCAUCUCUUUUGCUUUCGUUGCUUACGGUUGUUCCUUAGACUUUUGCUUAACCUAGAUCUGAUUCGUUUUCGCUCUUCAUCGUGUUCAGAGCCUGAUGGGGUGAGUUUACGAGAAUCCAUCAGUGCAAUAGACUUAGAGUAAAUCCACUGGUUUUUUGUAACCCUUUGGUUUGAAUCACUAACAGAUGCCACAGCUGUUUUUAUAUCAUCCCAAGCAACAUCUGGGUCAACCUCAUUUUCAGAACUACCUAAUUGUUACAUCAGUUGUUCCUGGAACCUACUUUUGGUGUUCUCGUCACUCAAUUCAAUUCUAAUGGAUCUUUUUACUGUGGCUUUUCUGCGUCCAGUGGGGUGCAAGCAGAUGCGUGCUCGUAUUAGGGCGCGUGGUUGGAGUCCAAGAAGGUACUCCAGAAUGAGCGACAAUCUUCUAUCGACCAUCUCCAACGAUGACUGAUGGCAAUAUGGUCCAUUUGAGUCCAUCGUUGGUUUGGUGCAGGGAGUCGCCAUGUUAGACGAUGUCUCUCGUUAUGUUUAAAAUUUGUGUUUGCUAAAAAUAAAUGAUUGUCUGAGCACAGUUGCAGCAGAUGAUCAUCAUUAUCUGUUCGCUGAGCCGCAAUACCAAAAUGCCCCACCUAAAUGUCUUUCUGUUUGGUUUAAGCUACCUAUCUGGGCAUUCAAGUCACAUACUACAAGUUCUAUGUCUGAGCGUUUAGCUUUAUAAAGAAGUUCAGAGAGUUUUCUGUAGAAGUUAUCUUUCACUUCAUCUGGGCUGCAGUCAGUGGGAGUGUUGGCGGAAACGACGUGUGUCCCUAUCCUUACAAGUUUUUACGAAGCCGUUUACAUGAACAGCACAUAGACGACUGUUAACGGGGAUCCUCUCUAAUAAUGCUUGUUGCUUUUACUCUUACCGCUCCUCAACAGACCUGUCUUGCACUCUGGGACUUUGAGGAACGAUUGUUCCACGUGUAUAGCGCGAUUGGUUCAUCACUAAAGGAAAGUCCAACCACCACGUCCAGGUAGCAACACCGGUCAGGACAUUCUGUGUAGGUUAUACUAACUCUGUCAUCCUACUUUACGACGUAUGCAGCAAGCCGCAGCUUAUCAAUCAAGAAGAAAUUGGUUAUAUAUGAGCAUUUGGAUAUCAUCUAAACCGAAAUAUACUAGUUUUUUACUAAGUAAUUGAUAAGCUGAAUCGUUACAAUUAUGUACAUAUAGGACAAUGUUUAAACUGUCUUUACUUAAAAUUAGAUUACAAUUACAGUGGGGAUGUUUUCUAAUAGUUUCUGGGUAAAUGGGAAUUCUCAGCAUUUAUUCCAACAAAGGAAUAACAAUUAAAAGUAAUUCAGACCUUUUUUGUUAACGACCAUAAAGAACUCAAUAUGCGGAAAACUAAAUCAAAGAAGGUAUUUCAAGUGGACUAAGACAGUUGAUAAGGCGGUAUAACUAUAGCCAUAAAAUUACUAAUGAGUAAAUACGUUUAUAAUUUUUAUUGAUUUUAGUAUAUAUAGUUAGUACAAUAUGAGAUCUUAGACGACAAAUUCAACGAAAAGAUUGUUAAUAUACUUAUACGUAGAUAAAAAUAUAUAAUGAGAUAUUAACCGGCUCACUUGUGUUCGCUAAAAUACAGUCUACUUUUCAUGUCUGUGGCUAAUUGGCUCACAAUCAACCUUGCUAUAUCUAAGGUUAAACAAACUAUCUAUCUGAUCAGACGGAUAAAAUGGUUCCCUAGUACUUAUCUACUACCGGUUCUUUAGAAAAUGCAACAUCAAAUUUAGUGUUACUGUAAUGAGUAAACUAUUAAAUAAGACGUGAAAUAGAUAAUAUUAUUAUGGUAAGAAAGCUUCCGGUUGUAAGGCUUGUAGUAUAUAUAAGCUGUUAAUCGUUCGAUGCCCUUCAGUUAAAUGGGUUAUCUUCGUGCGACGAAAUACGGAGAAGGGGUGCUUAGUUGAAGUACCUCGUCGUAGGUCACUUUGUUUCCAAAACUCGCAGAUGUCGAUUGAGUCAGUAAUUCAAGUUAUUCAUAAGUUUUGAGAAGUGUGGAUGUUUACACUAACCUCUCAAAUUACUGUUUGUAUGUUUUUAGAAUAUAUACUGUUUAGUCUAAGUUAACAUUGAGUCACAUUAAGUUUGUAAUAUUUUUAUAAGAAAGGUAUCUUGUUAGUCUAUUUUAUAAAUCGUUAAGUGGUUAGGUCAUUUAUCAGCAAUCCAUAAAGUAGCAAUUUCUGAUAUCAACCUUUUAUCAUUUCCAACUUACUAAUUAGAUGAAUAUUUUAUCACUUUGAUACCCAUCCCAUGCUGUAGUGUCUGUCAUCGGCAGUGAAAACAAAUAACCGUUCUAUGGUACUCUUUCGAAACAUGAGUUCUUUGCAACUGUGCUACUUUGGGUUAUCAGCAGUAUAAUCUUGACUUCAAUGAACUGUGUUCUGGUGGGGGUUCUAUACAUGCCAAUUUCAUACAACUAUAUACCAGUAUGGUUUACAAUAACCACAUGACUAUUAGGUACAUUGAUUCAAUUCAUUUGGUUUCCUCGUACCCAUUUAUAACUAAUUAUAAAACCCCUAUCCGUAUAAUUUACCGCAGAACUGUCUGUCUUGUGUUAAUACGUUUGUGUACAACAGUAGGGAUUAUGCUUUCUACUGCUGCUACAUGCCUAAUUCGGAUCGUCUUGAGUGCUGGUCUCUCCGCGAUUACCGGAGAUUUUAUUGAACACUUUUGGGAAUCACCGGUCAGUAUCUUAAAUACAAUUAUACUGCUUUUCACAACUAUUUCCGGGUUAUUCAUAUAUACAAUCUAUUGGUUACUAGAUAUUUUGCUUUUCCGUACUUCAGAUCAUUUCUGUGCGGUUCAAUUCCUGAGCCGUUAAUAUCCACAACAAUAUUUCAUAUGAACUCAAAAUUUUACUAUGUCCAAUACCGUCAAAGUAUCAACCGUGUGUUUGACGCUCGAUUGAUUCUAGAUAGUGUUCUUUGAAAUAAUGCAGUGGGAAAUUUGUGGAUUGGGAUUUUCGUGUCACCACUGUGAUAAUUGUUAACGAACCACCAAGUGUGAAUAUGAUCAAUGUAUAUGAAUGCAUUCAUGUAUCGUUUUCCAGGGUUAUAUUUGUUUAUACGGACUUCUGAGUGAUUUAAUCUAAAAUACCCCCACAAAAUUCCCUUUAGAAGUUCCUUCAUUCAGAGAAAACAAAAGCGAUUAAAAAUGAUCUGUGAAGUCUAUCUGUAUUCUGACACAUGAUAUCGCAUACUGGAGUACGGCAUAUGAAGAGCCAGUUCCUUUCCUUUCAAAUAGUAUCUACCACACUCCAGAAACCCAUUGCGAACAGAAGUCGACUCUAGAGAGAGCCCACGAUACGACCACAUAAAAUAAAAUCGAGUUCCACUUAGUCAUCUUACCUUUUUAAAAAAGAAAGUGAUAUUUUUUCUCGCUGAGUAAAUUUUAUUGUUUUGGUCGUAAAUUGCGGAUUGUUUCCACUUGAAUUUCAGUUAAAGUUUUUGGCGAGAGUAUGGUUUAUUCUAAAGUAACUUAUCAUCAGUUGGUUUGGAUUUGUUUUCACUUUUGAUUCUAUCAAUUUACAAUUUUCUACUUUUUCUGGUCAUCACUUCCUCUUGUCUCUGGGUUUCGCUUGUGUCUAGUUUCUUUUAAAUACCUCCGAUUUGUGACCGGACAGUCUAUAGAUAUCAAUUUCCAACUCCCAUUAUGUUGAUACCCUGUGGAAAGUGGCAUGCAGUGCGACGAGUGCAAGAGAUAAUACCACGAAGUUUUCAUAAAUCUAACGCCUGCAGUUUUUAAAAAGCUUAGUAAGAGUGGUUGCGUGUGGGUACGUCCGUAAUGCUGCUCGAACACAAACAUCUUUCUAUCCGAAGCAAUUGCAGUGGCAAAUGCUGCUAAGAGGGGUACUACAUAAUAGAGCACUCGCUCGAUUGAUACACAUAUUGAUGCAAGGUUACCUCAAAUAAGCUGGGUGACAGCUGAAUUACAUGAAUUAAAUGGGGAAAGGCCGACUUCAUACACCUCUGUCCUCAAUAAAAGAAUGUUCCCCUGUCCUCCAAGUGGUAUUUGCAGGAACCGCUUAGAAAUAUCAAUCGAGAGACUAAGUCUGUUUCUAGCAGGAUAAACAAAAACCUGAACGACAAUCAUCCAGGAUCUCACAGUAUGUGUGACGCGACUGUGGUUGCCACUUCAACGAAAGUUGAUGAAUGAUACAAAUCAAGAACAAGAAAAGGCAUAACGAUAUUAAAGAAAAUUCAGUCCCCCAAAUAGUAUCCGAGAAGUUAAAGUCUGAUCACAGUGACAAAUAAAUCAUCUUUCAUAAAAUCAUGGAGAGUGUGAGCUCCGGACUGAAAUCUCCUUUUGAGCAUAUCUUUGCGCUGAUAAUACAGCUACUGAAUAAGCUUGUGCCUCAGGAUACCUCCGGAGUCACUUUGCCAAAGGUGUAUAGACUACGUAGUCAAAUGAAUUUGGAACCAGGCUAAUUAAAAUAGUAUUUAAAUCUCCUAAUGAACGGAACUGAAUAUUAAAGAAUGGACAUAAACUACAGGGUCAGGAGUUAUUGUUUCUAAGGUCUUGCCUCUCGCAGACGGUAUGAAAAGAAGAGAAGCCGACAGUGAAGUAAACUUUAGGUUAGAUGCUGGCAAAAAGGACCUUGUGGUCGUAAAUUUUUGGGUGGUGAGGCCUUGACAGAGAAUGAUGCCCAAGCUACUAUGAAUGCAGCACGAAUCGAUCUAAAUAAGCUUAGGAUCUGCUGCAAAGAUGCCCAAAGCUUGCUCAGUAAGUGGUCGAAACUAGGUACAUAAAUUGACUCCACCAAGGCGUAUGCAACUGCAGUCACAGAAACUUGGCUGACAUAGCCCAUAAAUCGUAUGGAACCUGAUUUUGAAGGUUUCAUGUUAUAAGAAUCUGACAGAAUCUAAAAGCGUAAAGAAGUAGCUAUAUUCAUUAAGAAUACUAUCACAUUUAUCACUAUCGACAGUCCCAUGUGAAUGGGACAUGUGGAUUAGUUAGUUGUUAAAUAGAAUACAAGAGCUGCUCAUUAGUGUGAUCUACCGUAUUCCAAGCUGUGCGGUGCACACUGGACAGCGUGACCAUUGAAGAACUGGGUGUCCUUGGUCUGCUAAGUAAGCUUGAUAUGGGCAGACUCACAGGAGCCGAUGAAAUGCAUCCUAGGUUACUUAGGAGACUAGCUAAAUUCACUGCUAACCCCUUAAGUGUAUGUUUUAAUUGACUGCCAAAAGACUGGAAGGACACCAUAGUAGGUCCUGUCUUCAAAACAUUUACGAAAUAUAGAUCUGAGAACUACCGACCCAUUAGCCUAACCAGCAUGGUUGUUAAAGUUCUAGAAAUGAUUAUACGGAGGUAAAUGUUUAUGUAUCUCGAUGGAAAUCUGUCUCACUAAAUUAUUAGUGGUUCGUGAAAGUUAGUGAGUUGUUAAGCACCCAUGGUUACCUAUAGACGUAGCCUACAUCGACUUCAGCUAGACUUUCGACAAAGUUCAACACAAUCAACUGCUAUAUAAAUUAGGAAAUGUCGGGGUCAGUCGCAAUUUAUGAAUGUGGAUAGAAGACUUCCUAGAUGGGCGCCAACAAAAAAGCAGAUGGACUUCAAGCUGUCUGGUAAGGAAACUGUUCAGUGGACCGCCUCAGGAUGCAGUUUUAGGGCUAGUGUUUUUACUCUUGUAUGUAAAUGACUUUCUACUUCUCCUAUCAUCAUAGAUUUUGCUAUAUGCUGACGAUCUUGAGAUAUGGAGAGAGAUAAAGAAUUAAGGUGAGAAACUGAAGUUUCAACAUGACUUGAGGAAAUCUGAAUGAUCUAAAAUUUGGAAGUUUCUGACAAAUACUUCCAAGUAUAUUGUGGUGCAUAUUGGUAAUCAAGGUGCAGAUACAUAAAUGGUGAUUAGCAUUGGGCUGCCUGUUGUCCAGACACCCAAUGUCUUAGGAGUCAUCGUUAGACAGGACUUAAAAACUACUGCAUUUUGUUGUGGAAUAGCCGCCAUAGGUUUCAGGACCCUGUGGUCAAUAAGUAGAGCCAUGUCGACGCUGGAAGCUUUUUGACUUUAUAUACAGUAUUCGUGCGUCUUAAACUUGAGAUUUGAAUACAUGCAGCUAGCCCCUGCUUAAAAAAGACAGUGAGCUUUUGAAAAAGGCUUAGAGAAGAGAAAUUAGGCUGAUUCUCGGAAUAGCGAAGCUCCCGUAUGAUACUCGACUGGUUAAACUAAACCUGUUCCCAUUGUCAUAUCGAAGAACGAGAAAUAACUCGAUUACGGUUCUCAAAUUACCUACUAACAUCGACCUACAGAUAAAAAAGACAAAAUCUCUAAGCGUAUUAUUAAAAGGUUUAACUUACGUUACCAUAGUAAUUAUUUUGCCUAGGGACAAAUCAAUCUGAUUAACGACGAAUAAGAAUUGUUUACUUGAUCAGACUUUUUAGAACUUUAAGCAAAUUUAAAUAAGAUAUCGUCUGACCAUUGGAUCCAACUCAGUAACUACUGUAUAGCAAGAGCAGACGAAUAGUCUUCAUCCACUGUAGUAUUGAAUACAAAUUCUACAUUUGACCUUAUUCAAUGAAUGGAAUAUGCUUCAUUGUUAGUUAAUUGUAGUUGGUAUUCUGGAAUUCUUUCAAAACGUUUAUUGCGUAAUCCGAUAGUUUUAGUCACUAGACAAUAUUUACAAUUUAUAUAUUGUCGGGGAAGAUGGGAGAAUAGAACCUCUAAAGCUUGUUUAACUGUACCCUAUCAGCACUGACUAUUUGCUGAUUUUUUCACGUCAACUGUGAGAAAAUUAUAAGGGAGUAACUAACUUAUCAGGCAAUUUGUUGUGGUUUCGGACCUGUGUAAACACCUAUAGUGACAAUUGUGUCACGUGGUCCGGUCGUCAUUUGUUACUUAUGGCUAGGUCAGUUUGGUUUUGUCGUAAUCGUUAGAGGGAUUAUACGUAAUAUUUCAACUGCGUACACUGGACAACUAACUUAAGAUCAGCACUGAUGUGAAUAUGUCGGUAUUUUUAUUGUCUAGCUUGAGCAUCAUAUCUCCAACUUAGCAACUAAAUGUUUCAAAACAUGUAGAAAUAAUUUUUUAGUAACACCAUAACGACGAUUACAAAUUACAUUCAAUUAGUGUCAAAGUGCAUUUCAUGGUCAAGUAGUAACAAGUGUAAAACGUACUAGUGACUCUUUAUUAAUUUCCUUAGUACAAUUGGUCUUGCUAUAUAUUUACCUUUAUUUAUGAGUUAUGGCAAGAGGCCAGGGAACAUUCUGAAUAAUCUGUGUUCAUCGGUCAUCAAUCAACAUCAGGAGAAAAUGAAGAGCGAGUACCUCGCAGUUAAGAGCACACAUAUUUCAUCAUUUGAUAAAGGAAUAUUAGAUAUAUAGCAUUUAUAUAAAAUACGGAAGUAAGUGGGCCUGAAUAUCGACUAAGGUCUUUCCAUUCGGAUACCAGGUCAUCCGUUGACUAUGAGACGCCUACCUUUAAAUAUUACGGUUUCACUGAAUGUUUGUCAGUAGUAAAAUAUACAGUCUACAUUUUCACACAGCGUCGAAAUAAUACAGCUUAUUCUCAUUUUCCAUGUUUUUAAUACUAGCUUGAAUCUACUAUUCAUAUAAAACAAGGGUUUUGAUCCUCUUAAAAAAGGAACAUAAUAAAUAAUUAACACAAGCUGUUUAUUUAGUUAAUUUAUCUUCAGAAACAAGUUAUUUAGUGUUGGUAGUGAAAAUCAUGUUAAAUUGAUAUUGGGCAAGAAGUAUACUGCCCCACUGUUAAAAAACCAAAGCAGUGUCUCCUUAUUCUAAUCUAAAAUAGUUCAACAUGUCUAAGACGAUUACUAGAUAUGGGUGAAUUUGUACACCACCCAAAUUUCGCCACUAUGGAAACAACGUGCUUUUUAUAAAGUAGGUAACCUGGAUCUUUCAUAUUCUAUUGCCGUAGAAAUAAAAAAUUAAGUACUAUUAAUACUGAGAAAUAAAGGUGAGUCAGAAUUGUGUAGGAUUUGUGAUUGACCUUAAGGAAGACCGUGUGUUUCCUUAGAAGCGAAGUAGAUAAGUACAGUGAAAAAGCUGUUUCAUUAAGUGAAGCGUCUAUGACGUUUGUGUUACUAUAAAUCAACAAAGUCCGUUACGACCUAAACAUUUCACUCCAUUUUUCCUUUUAGUUGGGUUGGUUACUUUAAAGAUGAUAGAACAAUGAUACUUCUGAGUCAAGCUUAUAUCCACAUAUGUUAUGUACACCAGACAAAGAAAUAACCGUAACUUUACGAGUCAGACAUCCUGUAAGUGACGUAUUAAUUAAAUGCGGUGAACAGCACGUAUUGAGUGAUCUCGGCAUAUUAUAAAUUGCACUUCCGUAAAAUUGGUAGAUAGUCAUUGGUUUAUAGCUGAGCUUUUCGUCGCAAAUCUAGAAUCGGACAGGUUCCCUUGACAGAGCGCUGUCCCGAAAACGGGCGGAAAAUGCCCACGACAACUCAGGAGUUUCUCUGGUCCAGAAUCCAAAUGUCGCUUCCAUCGCCUUCAUGUAACCAUCUAGUUCCAUUAACAUGUACAGGGAAAUAUUAUGUUUGUUACACGGGCUAAUCAAAAUAAGCACUUAGGGAAGUGUAUAAAGACAGUACAAAUUUUUUGACUACGUUCAUUCUACAGCUCAUAUCAGCGGCAUAGCUUAAAUGAGUAAUACAUAUUGUAAGAUCCAUUUUGAAUGUUUUGUGUGUUGGUGAAAAUCCCUCCAUGUAUAUACUUGUACUUUGUUCCUAUUGAUCCCCUUAGUUGUACAUUGUUGUAUUUUGGUUACAUUUGAAUUGUUAAUACUUGUAUUUUUUAUUAUAGUUUUGUUUUUAUUACGCAUUCACUAAGUUUGUGUUUCUUCCUGAACUGCAUCUGUGUUGUUUUACUUGACACUUGUUCUUGGCGGUAGCCAUAUUGAUUUGUUCCUCCUGUUGUGUGUGAUCUAUCCAGUCAGGAUAGAAUAACGUUCAUUUGUUGUAACUGGUGAUUUUUCCUCAUCUUCUAUCAACUUCUUUAUUUAUUGUAAUUUAGAUUUGAUUGAUUGAGCAAUCAUUGGUUGAAUAGCCGGGUGGUAAUAUUUGUUUAGGUAACGAUUUACAUUUAAAUUUAUGAUGAAUUAUAGAACCGCUAUUUACCCGAUUACUUGUUUUGAUUUCGACGGGAAAGGGCGCGUGUCUAAAGUCCCCGGUCGGCUAUUCUUCAACAUCCAAACCGUAGUUUGGAUUUUACAGUUCUAAACAAUUAUUACUUGGCCGAAAUCCUUUGGUAAUCGUUCGCGGAUUUUCUGGAAAUAAUUGGUCGUUUCGCUUAUAAUGCCAGUUAAUUGUCGAAGGAAAUCAAGCUCAAAGUUCGUCGAUGUUAAUGAAGAAUCCCCUAUUGUCAAGCAAGUGCCUUUUGACGUCCUUAAGGGUCAUGGUUCAGACUCAAAUAGGGUUGAUUAUCAUGGUAGUGAUUCUAGUCUUAAUUCGAUGUCAGAUGACGCAAAAAAUCUUAGUUUAAAGGAGGAGCAAAGGCCUGAAUUACCAGGAAAGAGCAUGUUACCUAUAGUUCAUGUUGUUGGCCCAGAACUACCAAAGGUUGAACUGAGUUAUUUCGAUAGAGAGCCAAGAGGAUACUGGAAGUUUAUAAGGCAAUUUGAGACGUAUGUAGCAUCAAGAGUCACGGAUGAUAACCAGCGCUUGCUCUAUUUGAUGCACUAUUGUAAGGGCAAGGCGAAAGCAGCUAUUGAGGGUUGCGUCAUGAUGGAAGCAUCCUCUGGUUAU